AUGACGGGCAAGCGCCGUCGUCCCCCCCUGCAGCAUCGUGCGACGGGUCGUCCUGACGCUCCCACCCCGCCAGAGGCCCCGGGCGCGCUGGCGCCAAUCCUACUCCGAGCCGCCGCUGCCCUGGUCGCGCGCGAGGAGGGCACCGCCCCCUCGCGCCCCCAGGAUCCGAUUUAUCGAUCUCCUCGUGGGCGGACGCACCCGUACCUUCGCGCGCGGGGAGGGUCGUUCCGUACCCGGCGCCCUCCUCGGCGCUCACCUGCUGUCCAGCGACAGGUGGUCGGUCCGCUCCUCCAGCAACCCGCUCUUGCCGCGCAGUCCCAGCCGCUGCGGCUUCCUCCCUCGCUGUCUCAGUCGGCAUCGUCUCCGCCGUGCUCGGCGUCGGAGCCCACGCCCGCCGCUGUUCCUCUGCCUCCUCCGUACACCCAUCCUCCACCCGAGGCGUCACCCCCCGUUCAUGCCCCUCCGGCCGCGCCUUCUUUCCCGCUGCCCCCAUCAGCGCCUCCUCCCGGUGGUCCACCCGUUCCUCCUCCCCCUCCUUCCCCUCGGUCCCAGACGGGGCAUGCUGUGACCUCUCCCCGCCCUCUCCCAGCGACUGGUCCUCAUGUUCCCCCUGAUUGCGCCACGUCGGCAGCAUCCCCUGGUGCCAGCCCCUCGUCUACCUGCCGCUCCGGGUGCUGGAACGACGAUGAGCUGCCAGGUACUCCUCGUGACCCUGAUGUAGACUGGUGGGCGGCGUGGCCUUCCUGUCCGCGGGAAGGUGGCUGGGGGCAGGCUGUUCCUGGUGAGGCAGCUUAUCGCGCGCGUGGUGCCCGGUUGUCGCAGGUUGGACGCUGUCUGUCGGAGCUGGCGAUUGUGCUUGAGCAUCUCCACGUCGCCCUGCAGCAGCGGGAAGUUGUGGCACGUGAUCCUCAGCUUGGUGAGGACCAGCAGGGGCGGGUACGUGAAGCGGUGGCGGGUGCACUGUGGGAGCUUCUCCGCCUGCCGCUCGAGCCUGAGGACCCUUUACUUGACGAUGGCCCUGGCGCUGCGGCUUUCCGCAGGAGCACUGGUCCUUGUCUCACCCCCCAUAGCACCAAACCCAUCACCCUGUCCCCCCAGCAGGCGCCCAUGACAGCGAGCGUGGUGGCGUGCGUCUUCUCUGCGCUGCUGGAGGCGUUCACCCACCAGCUCGACAACGCCUUCAUCCCCCUCCUGCACUUCGCCCUCUGCUGCCUCUAG